AUCCACCAUUUCGCUCCUCUUCUCUUCUCUGCCUCUUUUUUCACACCCUUCCUUUCCACGUGUGCCGCUGUGACCAGAACAUUCCCCCUCCUACUCAUCUUAGCGUCCUGUCAGCUAUUUCGAUAGUUCCUGAAGCCACAAACAAACGCCACUAUUUGCUUCGACUUAACUCUCAUGAUGUCCAUUCAGUCUCUAUUGUCGGCCCGCGAUUUGACAAGCGUCAACCGCAUCUUCUGGCCUCACCCUUGGACCCUAGGACCCCAAGACCCCGGUACCACAAUACCCCUGAGCAGCACACGGACGACAAUCCUGCUCCCGUCGGUUCUGUCUGUGUCUGCACCCUCUUUCAGUAUGGCCUAUUCUUCGCAUCCCUACCAUUAUGGAGAUCAAGCGUUGUUUCGUCGCCAGUGAGCCAACCAUCAACUCGCGUUGAUCUCAACAUGGCGGGCUGAAGACUCGGCACAUACAACCCGUUUCCUCCUCUGCAAGUUUCUUUUCCUUUUGGCAUUUUCGACCAAGAUCCUGGAUAUGAUUUCUGAAAAAAUGGCAUCAGAAUCCCUCGCGCUAGCGUUGCCGACAUGACUUGGCCAGUAUCCAGACAACCGGGCUUGCCUGUGGUUCAUCUCGCCAAAUUGCUCCCUCAAUAGUCUCCCCCUGCCUACUAUCGCCCCAACUACCCUAUCGGGAGCACGCCGUUUCGCGUUGGUUCAUGGGCACUGCGAGGAACGGGGUCGUCAAUGCCGCCAGGUUCGGCUGCCGUGGCCCCGCGGCAACUUUCUCUCCAUCUUUCCUCCUUCGACCCGGCCUAAAAGAAGGAGCUUCCUCUCCAACCUCGUCGGUUUCUGUUCCUGUCCCUCUCUCCCGAUCUUGAUGCCAUCUUGCACUCAUGCCUCCGCCUGCCGAUGUGUCCGGCCAUGGACUCCCCGGGACGUCUGCCCGGCGCUGGCCUGGCCGACUUGAUACGAACCUCGCAACUGCUUGCCGACCGAUACACCCUGGUGGCCAAUAGUCUUAACACGGCGCCCGUCACCUUGGCUUCUCUCGCCACCGAAUGCCGGGCCGUCACGGAUGCCUUGCGCCGAUUCAAGUACCUCCGCGAGACGAUCCCGGAAACGCUCGUAUUUGACCCGGUCCUGCUCGAUCAAUCUUGCCAUGACGCCUUACACUCGAUUUCGAACAGCUUGUCGUCGCUCGACACAUACAGCACACGCAUCCGCCCAGCGACAAGCGACAGUGCUGUUGAUAUGUCGUCAGGCCAACUCACCAUUGUUUGGAACGAAGACUCCCUCAAGCAGAUCCUACACGAAAUCAAAACCAGCCGCCAAUCUCUUGCUUUUCUCCUCAACUGUGUGCCAAGCGAACACGUCACAUCCAAAAACCAUUCUACCUUUAUGCACUCAUCUCGCUUGGUGUCGUGGGACUGUGCUAUAAGCCCAGCGGUGCUCAACAAGGGCAGCCGCCUGCGCCUAUCAACCAUCGGCCCACGCCCGCGGCCUGAGGUUUGUCCUGUUAGCGACAUCUCCGAGGUUCACUUGGCCUUGAAGAGACUGAAGCCACCGCCCGGCACCCUGUACAAGCAAAGUAUGCGAACGACCAAGGACUUACACGACGCCAUUGACCGCGAAGACGAAGCUGCAGUGGUGAAGCUGUUGUUACAGCGGAUCGACCCGAGCACGCCUCGCAUAGGCUCGAAACUUUCGCCUCUACGCCGGGCUCUCAACCGCCAAAUUCCAUCUCUCGUGACCUUCCUGGCCGUGGCGGGUGCUGACCUCGAGGACCGCGGCGAUGAAGGCGAUACAAUCCUGAUCUCGGCCAUCAAGCUCGGAUACGCUGAUAAAAUCAUUGCCCUCUUGUGCGAACUUGGCGCGGAUGUCAAUGCUGUCGACAACCUGGGAUGCUCAGCGGUCCACCAUGCCGCCAUGUCAGCCAGUGACGACGACACCCUGGCUGUGCUUGUACACGCUGGGGGCGAUAUCGACCGCAGGGACUUGGGAACAAGAACGCCUCUAGUAGCAGCAGUACAAAACUACCGGUUCAACGCCAUCGAGAAGCUACUCGAAUUCGGUGCUGACCUAGAACUCCGCCUGCAGAACGGCCGGACGGCGCUUCAUGUCGCCAUAUCCAUGAGAAGCACCCCCAUGACAGAGUUUCUCUCGGACCAGGGCGCCUACCUCGACCGGCGAGUCAACGAGCACACCGCCUUGACUUACGCCAUAGCCACGGCCUGCCCUGAUAUCGCGGAGGUGUUGAUCGAUGCCGGUGCCGAUGUCGACCUGCCUAGUUCAAAGGGGAACUUCCCACUACUGGCGGCCGCGGCCGCUGGAGACCUGCUUACCAUGAAGCUCUUGCUCUCUCGAGGAGCCAAGUAUGACGCCGCUGGCAGUGAAGGAUACCUACCCAUCCACAUGGCAGCUCACAAAAACAGAGUCGAGGUGCUGCAGCUCUUGUUUAAAGCCGGUUCUCCGAUCGACCCGACGACCGAACACGGCGAGACGCCCCUCACGAUCGCAAUGCACCUAGGAUGCUUCGAAGCCGCCCAGUUCCUGAUCGAGGUCGGCGCCGACGUCAACCACUCGGCGCCCGGAGCGGAGAGGAUCAUCUGCCAGGCGCUCAAGGCCGGCAACACGCGCAUCGCAAUGGCUCUCAUCCGCGGGGGCGCGGACCUCACCACCCCCUUACUACGAAACACCAGCAUGACGCCGCUGCAUCUGGCAGCCCACUACGGACAAAACGACGUCCUCGCCACGAUGGUCAGCGCCGGCGUUGACCUGGACACCCGAACGUGGCCCGGCUUCACACCGCUCUUUUCCGCCGUCAAGGCCGGCCACCUCGCCACCGUGCGUCUGCUCGUGACGGCCGGCGCAUAUCUGAGAGCCCGGUCGACCUCAGGCGCCAACCUGCUCUUCUUCGGCACCGCAGAACCCGCCAUGAUGAAGCUCCUGAUAGAGCUUGGCCUGGACAUCCACGAGCGCGACCACCACGGCGCGACGCCGCUCCACUACGCGGCCGUCAAGGGCCACGGCGCCACGGUGAAGCUCCUCCUGCAGCGGGGCGCCAAGGUGGUGCAUGCGAGCGCCGUCUUCGAGACGCUUCAGGACUAUAAGAAGAAGAGCCCAUAUCGUCAGGGCACUCCUGGCGGCCUCGCGAGACAGAAGGAUCACGUCAAAAUUGCUCGACUAAUCGAGGGCUGGAAGUUCAAAACAUGAGGGGCAAGAUUUCACCAUCACCCCAUACUCUCUCUCUCUCUCUCUCUCUCUCUCUCUCUCUCUCUCUCUCUCUCUCUCUCUCUCUCUCUCUCGCGCGCGCUCACUCACUCACUCACUCUCGUCUCUUUUUUUUUCUGUUUCGUUUUAAGAGCUGUCUUGGCAUCAGAAGAUACCCCGCCAUUAUAGCCAGGCGCUUACUUACUCAUUUAGCCACCACCGCAGGCCUAGACAGGCAGUUAAUUUCCUUGAUCGACAAGACAGUUGAUGAACUUUUCACGUUGUCCAACUGAUAGUCGCCCUCUUCUGUAGCAUGUUUUUUAGUUGCCAACUCAUCAUUCAAAGGCCUCGCUUGUCCUGAAUCAUCUGGCGCCGUGCCGGCGUCAGCCGCAUCGACUUUGAGUUUCUGGAGUAUUCCAAGUAACGAGUUCCUGUCGAGCCCUGCUCCUGUGACCAACAGAUCUCGUCUGCAAUCAUUCGUUGUAGUUUCCGAGGAGCAAGCCCCCAAAUCGGUCUGCAGUCGUCAACCUGCGCAGCAC